AUGGAUACUAAUCGGAAAGCUCACCCUGAUUGCAAGUAUUCUUCAAACCCUUUCCAUGAAUGUGCUUCAGAUUGUUUAGAGAAGAUUGCUCAAGGCCGUGGAAAGAAGAAUUCAAAGAAGCAAGCUUCAAAGGUUCUUAGUCUCCCUGGGAGUUUCGGUAAGAAAAAGACGGAAUCACAUCCACCUUCACCUCUGAACACAAGGAACUAUCAGAACGGUACAGCAAACUCACCAAGGGUUCAUCAAUCAAGACCUUCACCAGUAGCUGUAAAGAAGACGACGGUUCAAGAAACAAACAGAUCUUUCCCUUCUUCAUCCUCUGAUGAAAUCUCUAUUAGCCUAAAUGGUCAGCACGAUUCUUUCAACUAUAAGCCAGAGAAGCCCUCGCGGAUGGUUCCUCUAUCUCCAAACAACAUGGCUGGUCGUAGCAAAAUUGUGUCACCAAGACCUCGAGAGCAUGAGCAAAGCGUCAAGAAUGACACAGCCAGUGAGAUUAGUGUCGUUGUUGCCGCAAGCCCUCCAAGAUCAGAAGCAAAUGAUGAUGAUGAUGAUGAUGAGAACGGUGUAGAGCUCGACCUUCAAUCAGUAAUGUCGGACUCGUGUGUUUCGGUUGGAAAAUACCGUGUGAACUCUGGUGUCUCCGCGAUCUUACGGUCAAUCUUGGACAAACACGGAGACAUAGCUGAAAACUGCAGGCUAGAAUCAGCGUCGAUGAGAUCCCGAUACCUAGAGUGUCUAUGCUCAUUGAUGCAAGAGCUCGGGUCAACUCCAGUCUCGCAGCUGAACGAACUUAAAGUGAAAGAGAUGCUCGCGGUUCUUAAGGACUUGGAGUCUGUGAACAUCGAUGUUGAAUGGCUACGUUCGGUUCUUGAGGAGUUUGCUAAGUAUCAAGAGAACGCAGACUCAGAGAAAGAGAGGCAAGAAGAGUCUGUGAGGUCUAAGAAACAAGAAUUGGAGAUUCAAGAAGCUGAUUUGGCUCAGAUUGAGAAGGCUGUAUUGGAAGCGAGGCUGAGAGUCGAGGAGAUGAAGGCAGAGCUCACUGACCUGGAAACAGAGAGGUCUCGGAUGGAGAAGAUGGGAUUUAAGCUUGAGAAAUUUAAAGGGAGGUCGUUUCUUGAUGAGCUUCUCUAA